AUGGAAAACGACGACCUAUGCGAACUAGGAGAUCUGGAUGGAAAUGUUAUUUCCGACAUACUUGAGAAGAGAUAUGCAUCUGGGAAGAUCUAUACAAGAUCAGGGCUGGUAUUUCUAGCUCUUAAUCCGUACGAAAACCUCAAUCCUUCUAUAAAAGAAAUCAUGCAGUCGCCUGCUGAUUAUGCUUAUAGCUAUCCACAUAUUUAUGGAGUGGCAGAGUCUGCAUAUCAGGAUUUGUUUAUCCAUGGAAACCAAACUAUUGUGAUUAGUGGGGAAUCAGGUUCGGGAAAAACCGAAAACGCAAAGCUGAUUAUAAAGUACUUGAUAGAGAGAACUGCAAGUAGUGCCUCGAUCGAAAGGAACAUAGCAGCAGCAAAUGCUAUUUUAGAGGCAUUUGGAAAUGCCCAGACAAUUCUUAAUGACAAUAGUUCGAGGUUUGGAAAGAGAAUUAAGGUAAUGUUCAAUGGAAAAAUAACAGGAGCCAAAUUUGAAACAUAUCUCCUCGAAAAAAGUAGAGUAACGCACCAUGAAAUUGGAGAAAAAAACUUUCAUAUAUUCUACCAAUUCUGUGCAUCUAAAGGUUUAAAUCUUAAGAACGACUUUAUUGACACUUCAAGUCUUGUAGGAAAUAAGGAAUAUUCUAUGCGUUUGUCAAAAGAAUACGCGGCAACACGUUCGGCAAUGGAAAGUGUGGGGGUGGCUUGCAUAAACAAGAUUGAAGAUUGUCUUUUAGGAAUUUUAUAUUUAGGAUCCAUUCAAUUUGGAGGAGAUGGGAUUUUGAAGGUUGUGAGGAACGAAUGUUUUAAAGAAUUCUGUAAGCUUCAUGAUAUUCAAGAGGAUGCAUUUGAAGAAUCUCUUGUCAAGUUUUCUAUUCAAGUUAAGGGAGAAACCAUUGAAGUCUUCAACACUUUGAAACAAGCAGUUACAAUAAGAAACUCGAUGGCUCGGUUGUUGUAUUCCAAUAUAUUCAAUUAUAUUACAUCGUCUAUAAAUAACUGCCUGAGCGGGAAUGGAGAGCUUUUUAUAUCUGUCCUAGAUAUAUUCGGAUUUGAGAUUUUUGAAAAGAACGGGCUUGAUCAGCUUUGCAUAAACUGGACGAACGAAAAGAUACAGAAUGAUUUUAUUAGGAAGGUUUUCCGAGGAAAACAAGAAAUGUACAAGAAAGAGGGAAUUGAAUGGAGAGAUGUUGAGUUCUUUGACAACAAUCAAUGUAUCCUAGACUUUGAGAAGCCUUGUGGACUUAUGGAUUUAAUAAGUGAGGAGAGUUUUAAUGCCUGGGGAAAUGUUCAGAACCUAAGUAUGAAGAUAAAAAAUUAUCUAAAAGGAAAUAUUAGAACCAAGGCCGACGACAAGAUAGUUGUGUCUCACUAUGCUGGAGAUGUAGAAUACGACUUAAGAUCUUUUCUAGACAAGAACAGAGAAAGAGGAAACCUGAAAAUUUUCGAAAAUCCCCUUAUUAUUCAUGAAGAAAAUAAGGAAGAUUUGGUUAAGUACUUUAAAGAUUCCAUGAACAAUCUGCUUCAUUCUAUAAACGAAACACAGACAAAGUAUAUUAAAUGUAUAAGGCCGAAUGCACAGAAGAAACCAAAGCUAUUUGACAGGCCAUUGAUAGCAAAGCAACUUGCCGAGUGUGGUGUCCUAGAAACAAUAAGAAUAAGUAAGCAAUGUUUCCCUCAGGAGAUACAAAAGAACGAGUUUGAAACCCGUUACGAAGUCCUUGGAUCCACCACAUUUGAAAUGGUGACGGUGAAAAAAGGGAAGAGCAGAUACUUCAUGAGUAAUGAGAGCCUAAGGAUUUUAGAGAUUCGUAGAUCUCUAUUUUAUGAAGAAUGUUUUAGAAAUAUAAAGAAUGCAUUGAGGAGCUAUUUGAAUAACCAUAACUGUGAUAAAAAGCAAAGAAUCAUGUUUGUAAAUGAGCCUGUGGUCGCAGAAAGCUCUGUUUCGAUUGAAAGCAAUUCUGUAGAGCUUAUGAUAGAUAAAGGAUAUAAUACUACAGAUCCCUGCAAUGCACAGGAAGAUAAUAGAAAACAGAGAAGCUACAAAGAAAUCAUACGGGAUUUGGAGUUAAAGAUAGAAAAGUAUAAAAAGUUCUGCGAAGCUCCUUGUAGGAAUUGUAAAUCUCUUGAACUGAAGUAUAGAUUUCAAAGUGAAGCUUUAAAGAAAAAAAAUAUGAUUGAACUGGAACUUGAGAAAUACAAGGCAAAGGUUGAGGACCUGGAAAAACGCCUUUCCGAAAAAGAGGAGGAUGACGACUCCCACAUGAGUGUAUCAUUUACCAAUGCCUACAAUGUGUUCAAUUGCUUGGUACAGCUUUAUCUGGAAUUUGUCCCUACAUUUUCUAAUGAGGAAGUGCCAAAACCUGAAAUUCUAGGGCUUGCUCAUUCUGCAUUCUAUGCCGUAAACAAGCUUGGGAAGAAUAUAGUGGAAAGUACUGCUUGUAUGAUGAAUGAGAUCAAUCUUCAACUACAUAUGUUUGAAAGAAACAUACAUAAGGUUUCUUUUAUACUAUCAAAUCUCAUUGAAUAUGAAAACAUACUUCGUGGAUACGGUGUUAACAAUGUGGAAGAAGUUAAGAGCCUUAUAUCCAUUCUGUUCAAACAUCUUUGCGAGCUUCAAAGAAGCUUUCUUCUUGAAGUCCUGCCACAUGCUGUCCUAGAACACCAGCAGCUGUCCAAAUUCAAGUGUAGCGAGGGAUAUUUCAAAAAACUAUUCAAACCUCCUCACAUCUCCAAACUCAUACAUCUCUUGGAAUAUUUCUACCACCAGAUGUCCUACUAUUACAUUCCAGACCCAUAUAUCAUGGAGUCCAUCAAUUAUCUUUUGAAGACCAUCAAUAUUUCUGUUUUCAACGAGAUCCUUGUUAAAAAGAAUUUCCUGUCUUUCAAUAGAGGCGUCCAGAUAAACUACAACAUAAACGAAAUAGAUAAGUUCUGCAGGAGCAUAAACUAUCUGGAGGGGAUGUUUAACCUAUCUCAUACUACAGCUAUAAUAAGGCUUAUCAAUCUUGUUGAGUCUCGAGCGACGGCAGACCUGAUUUUGGACGAAUGCUCUAUUUUGAAUUGUCUCCAGAUAAAUGAAAUUGUAUCUAAACUCGAUGCAGAGGCUUCAUACUUUUUUGGAAAUGACAACAGGAAUGACAAAUUUAUCUCUGAUCCAACUGUAACUCUUCCCUCGUACACGGGGGUCUCUUCUCACGCUUUCAUAUGCCCCAGAUACUUGCCAUCAGAAAGCUUACUGUCUAUUCUGAAAUCAAUAAGAUAG